GCCGAGCAGAGUGUGUGUGAGGAAGGACGACGCAGCUGCCAUAUUGUGUUGUGGGAUUCUCUGUGAUAAAACGUACACAAAAUGGGGCGGAAAAAGAAGAAGCAGACCAAGCCGUGGUGUUGGUAUUGCAACCGUGAAUUUGAUGAUGAGAAGAUUUUAAUACAGCACCAGAAGGCAAAGCACUUCAAGUGUCAUAUAUGUCAUAAGAAGCUAUACACUGGUCCAGGCUUAUCCAUCCACUGUAUGCAGGUGCACAAGGAAACCAUAGACAAAGUACCCAAUGCUCUGCCCAACCGAAAUAAUAUUGAAAUAGAAAUCUAUGGCAUGGAGGGCAUCCCUGAGGAGGACCUCAAGGAGCAUGAGAGGCAGCGUGCUGGUCGGAUGGGCAAUAGUAGCCGGCGACAAGAAGAGGAGGAUGAUGAAGACUCCCAGUCCAGUUUGCCAGGCCAAUCCAAUCCACCCCCUCCAGCAGUGCCUUCCCAAGGGCCCCCAGGACCCAUGGGACCAAUGAUGGGACCUAAUGGCCCCAUGAUGCCAAUGAUGGGUCCAAUGGGACCUAUGGGUCACAUGCCCCCAUACAUGGGUGGACAUGGCAUGAUGGCAGGCCCUAUGGGCCAUUUGGGUCCCAUGCCUCCUCCAGGAGCUCCCCCAGGAACCACACCCCCUAACACCUCCCAGCCCCCCAACAAACCACUCUUCCCCUCGGCCGUCCAGCAGCAAACGACGGCUGGCAAUAGUCAAAUUGGUCCUGUCAAGCCAGCAUUUCCCGCAUAUAGUCAAGCCAAUGGCCAGUCCACCCCAAGCACUCAGGCCUCUAACACUCCAAGUGGACUACCUGACAAAGGAGAGGCCAAGAAGCCGGCUCUCAUCACCACAGUGUCGGCAAAUUCCCGUAUCAUACAUCCUGAAGAGGAUAUCUCUUUGGAAGAGAAGCGGGCAGGUAUGCCUCGAUACCAGCAGGCACCCCGAGCCUCCCCACUAAGGGCUCGGGCACCUGCUCCUGCUCCCCCCCCCCAGCGCGUGGAGUCUCCACCCGUGAGUACUGCACCUUCACGCCUCUCUCAACUUGUGCCUGCCUGCCUGGACCAUUUCUACCCACCGGCGAUGUGUUUAGACACACAGGAGGAGCGUCGCAUGAAGAUGGCCCGCUACAGUCAGGCAAGUGCCACUGCAGCAGCGAUGGCCAUGGGUGGCGUGCUCACCCACCCAGCUGGAGUGCGGCCUACCCACCCAGGAGUGGUGGUGGAGGCUCCCCCAAUGGUUUCCACCAUAGUGCCAACCAUGGUGACUACUAUGUCAUCUGGUAUGGUACCCACAGGACACAUGGCUAUACCUGUGUCCAUGCCUGCCAUCAUGAGGCCUAACAUGCAACCAAUAAUGACGACUCAACCAAUGUUGUCAGCUGCUGUGCCUGCAGUGUCUGCUAUGCCUGGAGCCAUGCCCCCCCUCCCCAUUGGAGGUAUGAGACCACCCAUAGGUCUGCCCCAAGCAUUGCCCGGCCACGGACAGAUGGCUCCUGGAAUUGCUGCCCCACCGAUGAUGGGUGCCCCCAUGAUGGGUGGACACAUGAUUCCUCGCUUCAGGUGACCACCUGGUCCUGGUAUGUAGCCAGAAGGUAGGAGCUACAGGAUGGGCAGCAGGAGCAGCAGCAGCAGGCCGAUGCUGGUGAGGCAACACACGCAUGCCCUCGUCAUGACUGAUAGCCUCCUCACCGACCCUCCCUCGCUCGCUCGCUAAGCACACUAGCGCAGUCAGUCACUAAGUUGGCCUGUGUGGCAAACCAACACACACCUGGGACAACCAAGAUAAGUCUGCUGUCCUCAUACAUUGCAUUAGGCAAGAACCCUCAAAUACCACUCAGGCUCAGCAAACAAAUGUCCAGUUUUAGGAAAAAAUAUGAAAUAGGAAGAUUAGUUGCAUCCACCUUGUAGGUCUGUAUAUGCUAUGAGUGAUUGUCUUUGUGUGGAUUUUUUUUAUUUGACUUGCAGUAAUAAUAUAAAGUUAUCAUUGGUCCCUAACACUUGUUGGUUUCCCAUCACAGUUGGGUUAGUCCUGUGUGGACGAGCUAACACUGCAUCAUUCUGCAGCAAGCAUCUUUUAUCAUCUGUUAUUGACUUCUUUGUCUCCCAUCAUUGCUCUUUAUCAGUGUUGAAAUGUUUAUCCACAAGACUGUCGUUUGUGUGCCGCCCACGUGGAACGUGUUUGAGCAAGUGGUGCCUGUAUAGUUGCUCCUGUAUACGUGCUUUUUGGGACCUACACUUGACUGUAUGUAUUUAUACCCUGAUCCAGCUCAAGUGUGCAGGAACAUUUUCUCCCAGGUGCCACAUCUGUGUUUCCUAAUUUAUAUAAUUUGCUUUAAAUAGAUCAUCUUUAUUCAAAUUGUUGGGAACUUAACAUGGGGAUUGAUUCCUGUGUGGAUGUGGCUUGGAGAGUAGAAUUCUGGUGCUUACUUGGGCCCGGAUGGAGGUGUGAACUCGACUGUUCUCUUGAGCGUGGGAAGCACUUGUAUUAUAGUGUUUUUAGGUUCCAUCAUUCUUUUCAGUGACAAAUGUGUAUUUGUGAAAUUUCUCUUAAGGUAAGAAACUGUUUAGUAAAUAAGGUAAGAAAGUGUUUAGUUUAGAUAUGAAGUAGUUCUUGACUGAAGCACUGUUGGAAUUUUUCGUACCAAUACAGAUGUUUACAGCAGGUUAGUCCAUUUACAUAAUUUUUGGCCAGUUGUACAAAUGACUUUGUAAAUUGUUGAAAGGGGGAUCCCAUUAGCACCCGUAAGUACACUUUUUGUAUUUAUUAUUGUCACAUUUCUGUCUGCAGGACUAGCAAAAUCCAGUUGCCAGCUUUGUUAAAUAAUUAUAUCACCUAUUUACUGUAUGUUGUGAAAUAAAUACAGAUUAAGUUGUCAGUCAUGUAUUAGUUUGUUUCAGGCUUUAUAUUUUGUUACAGUGCAUAUAAACAUUUUUCUUGAGAGUAAUGGAUUUUUUGUAUUGUUAAAAAGGUGGAAGGAGUGGAUGAAACGAACAGUCAGUGUGGAAAUUCGCAACAGGUGAGCCCAGAGGAGAGGACGCGAUGCUGGGAGAGAUGAGAGCAUUAACGUUGUUCCCCAAAUGUUGAGUAGUCACGGUUGUACUGUUCAAGCUGUUUUAGUAGACCAGCUUCUUUCUCAGGAUGUCUUGUCCUAUUAUUAAUACACCUACCAGCCUCAUAUUACUGAAAAUUCUGUACAAAUUUGUUCAUCCUUCAAUCACAUUUACCUUGGCCACUCUUAACUAAGGUGUUCUGUGGGAGUGAAUGUAAAAUCUAAAAUCAUUGCUGUAGAAUUACUAUAAGUAUCACCUCAGUGUGCAUGGAAUUGCUAAUUAUCAUAAUUAUCAGUAACUUGGGCAAUGAAUGCAUUUUUUAACUCUUAAUUGGGUACUUGCAUGUAAGGAAAGAAAAGAACAAGGAUUUGAUGAAUUAUGUAUUACUGGGAUAAAAAUAAAUAAAUACAUGUUCUGACUGGCAACAGGGGCCAGACAGGGGGUGGUGAGGCUAGCCAACCUACACUCCAAAUGGAUAGUUUUGCACUAGCAAUGUUUUAACUCAUUGACAUUAUGAAUACAAUAGUGUCUAAAUCUUAAUACACAUGGGUUAAUUUGCAAUCCUUAAUAACAAGAUAUAGUUUUGGUCAUGUGAUCUCAUUCAAUUUUAUUGAUUAGUUUAUAGUUUAAAGAUCUUAAAUCUGUACAGGUUGAAUUCAUAAUCUUCAAGAAUUGAGUGGUGGUAAAAGCUACAGCAACUCAUAAAAUGUGCCGCAGUUUAGAUUUCAUGUUGAAUCAAUAGUAAAUGGAAAUGACAUCUUUGAAAUUUGGUGAUUAUUCUGAAACAUUCAUGUGAUGGAAUAGUUUUGUUGAAAAAAGAAAAAUGAUAGUAAUUUCAUGAAUAAUGGAUUUUUUGUUCUCUUUAUGCCUUUGUCUUCUUAUGAAAGAGUGGGAACCAUUUCUUACACUUCUAUUGCAAGGAAAAUAAAUUAAUGAGAGAUUUUAUAAAAUGUAAAAAAUGGUUUUGCUGGCUAGACUGAACACUGGUUAUCAAAUCACUGUUUUGAAGAGGUUGGAGGUUUGAAAAAAAAAUUUAUUUAAUUUUCAUAUUUUCAAAAUUGUAUUCCAUAUCAGUAUAUACACAGGAAACAAGGCCCCUUAAGUAUGUUGGUUAGCUAUGCCAUGCCCCUGACAAACUAACCAGGCGAGACACUCCAAAGCACAUGCCAGCAGUCACAACAGUUUCAGUUUUCCCAGCUUGCAGCCUCUCUGGAGCCCUGUUAUGUUUCCGCAUGGCACUCCGCUCUUGAUUAGCUUGUUGGUGAUGGUGAAUCUGGGAAGUGAGGCCACAUUCUCAGUUCGGGGCCCAUGAGUGACUCUCAUCAACCACACUCACUAAUAGCUUGACUGAUAAUGGCUCCUCACUUUGAUGUUUGGGUGUGAAUGUAGAUAUGUAGGAUGUUGCUGGGCAUUGCUUUAGUUUAUUUUGAAAUAGUUAAUUAUUUCAUUAAUGAGAAUGUUGUCAUUUAGGUUUAUAUUUGUCACAUUGAUUUUGAGUGAACCUUUUCUUGAACACAAGUGAUUUUUCUUCCUAGGGAGUGGUGGCAAGCAGGAAUGUGGUGAGUGUGGUUAGGAUGAGAAUGACUCGGGCUGGCCAUGUUGCUCAGUAGCCCUAGUUGCUCCCAAAAUGAGCGUGUCAGUCUUCCAGCAGCCACCAGGUAGGCUGAAUUCACAGCACCAGGGGCUGUUGGGAGUCAGUCCCCCAACCGGAUGUGGUUUGGUGAUUCGUUCACAGCCUAUCACGGUGCUGUUGGACCUUCUAGUCCCCAGCCCCAUGCAGGGGGCUUGGUGAAUUCUCUCAUUACUACUCUGUGUCGUACUGUGUUAGGAAUCACUGCUGGCUUGGGUUGGCUCCAACUUAUACCAGCAUAAUGAUUGCAAAUGAGCUUAUGUUAAGCAGGAAAGUUGGGGACAGGAGGGCUGGAUGCUCCUCAGGCCAGACCCCUCGGCUGCUGUGUCGCCAGGACAACCACCUGUCCUUUUUGGAGCACUAAUGUGAUCACGCCAUCCAGAACUGUUUUCAGAAGGUACAUAUAGUAUAUAUUGUUUUAUCAUUUGUUAUGGUCAGGAAAUGACCUGCCUUUAAAAAUUUCAUUUACUUUUGAAAAUUGGUUUGAGCAUGAGGCUCUGUGUUGCAAACCUUUUAGUCUUAAGUAGAGAAUGCAUUUUAUAAGUAGAUAAUGUGUCAACACUACAAUGCUGAAGCUUCUGUGAGACAGUAGGGCUGUGAGCCAUCACAAAGUCUCAAAAUAACAAAACUACAAAAAUAAAAGCAUCCCAGUCAA